CUUCCGGACCCAUAACAGUGUGAGACCAUCGACAUGGCGCGAGCAGCCAAGUCAGCUGUGGUGCUUUGCAUGGAUGUGGGCUUCUCUAUGAGUAACUCAGCCCCUGGUGAGGAAGCCCCAUUCGAGCAAGCUAAGAAGAUCAUUCAGAAAUUCAUCCAACGCCAGGUCUUUGCUGAAAACAAAAAUGAGUUGGGCCUGGUUCUAUUUGGAACGGACGACACCAAGAAUCCACUUGCUCGAGACGACCAGUACCAGAACAUCUGCGUACACCGACAUUUGAUGAUGGCCGACUUCGACCUGCUGGAGGAAAUUGAACAUAAUCUUCAGCCCGGUGGUCAGCAUGCUGACUGGCUUGAUGCUCUUGUUGUAUGCAUGGAUCUUCUACAAAAGGAAACCAUGGGGAAAAAGUUUGAGAAGCUGAAUAUCGCCGUGCUCACUAACCUCAACACGCCGGCCUGCGCAGAUCAGCUGGACAUCAUUAUUGGCAAUUUAAAGAAAGCUGGCAUUACCCUGCAGUUCUUUCUGCCAUUCCCUGUGGAUGCAGAUGAAGGGGCUGCUGGAGAUGGAGACAGACCAGGUCCGAGGCCUCCGACCCAGCUUGGAAAAGGCCUGAGCAGGGAGCAGAAGAAGGGGCUGGAGAUGGUCAGGCAGGUCAUGACCUCUCUGGAUGAAGAAGAUGGCCUGGACGACGUCUACACUUUCAGCGAUGCUGUGGAGAAGCUGUCCAUGUUUAAGCGAAUCGAGAGACGGCCGACGGCGUGGUCCUGUCUGCUUACUAUUGGAAGCUCCCUGUCCAUCCGCAUUAACGGAUACAAAACGGUGUGUGAGGAGAAGAUUAAGAAGACCUGGGCCAUAGUAGAUGCUGAGAGUCACCAGAAAGAUGAUGUAAAGAGGGACACAGUCUACUGCCUCAACGAUGACAAUGAGACUGAAGUGCAGAAAGAUGAUGUCAUUCAGGGUUUCCGUUACGGGAGUGACAUUGUCCCGUUCUCCAAAGUGGACCAAGAGCAGAUGAAGUACAAGUCCGAUGGAAAAAGCUUUGCUGUGCUUGGCUUUACCAAGCAGGAGCUGAUUCAUCGCCAUCAUUUCAUGGGCCAGCAGAUUGUUAAGGUUUUUGCUGCUAAAGAUGAUGAGCAUGCAGCUGUUGCGCUCUCCGCUCUGAUUCAAGCUCUGGACAGUCUGAAGAUGGUGGCUAUUGUUCGUUAUAUUUAUGACCGCCGCUGCAACCCACAAGUAGGAGCAGCUUUUCCUUGCGUCAAAGACAAAUACGAGUGCUUGGUGUAUGUGCAGCUACCGUACAUGGAGGACCUCCGUCAGUUCGCUUUCCCUUCACUGGAGAACAACAAGAAAUUUGUUCCAUCAGAGGCUCAGCUGUCAGCAGUGGACAAUCUCAUCAACGCUAUGAUGCUGGUGGAGGAGGGUGAAGAUGGAGAGAAGGAGGAUAUAUUCAAAGUCAACAAAAUCCCCAACCCACAAUUUCAGAGACUCUUCCAGUGCCUACACCAUCGUGGGGUGAACCCAGGUGCACCCCUGCCCCCUAUGGAGCCGUGGCUCAAGCGGAUGCUGGAUCGGCCCCAGGCUGUCUCUGCCCGCUGCCGUGCACCUCUGCAGGAGAUGAAGAAACUCUUCAGCCUGAAGGAGGUGGUGCAAAAGAAGGGCCAGAAGACCAGUGCGGAUGUGUUUGGGAAUAGCACUGAAGAGCCAGACGCAAAGAAGUUCAAAGUGGAUGAAGGGGAGAAGUUCAGCCUAGCAGAGACUUCAGAGGGAAACAUUACCUCUGUAGGUAGCGUGAACCCUGCAGAAAACUUCCGCACUUUAGUUCAAAAGAAGACCAUUCCCUUUGACCAAGCGUGCGAGCAGCUCACCCACAGGAUGGAGCAGUUGCUGGGCAACAGGAGCACCGACUAUUACAUGAAGACCAUCGCAUGUGUCCAGGCCUUUAGGGAGCAGUCCAUUAAGGUAUCAAAUGCGGAGCUUUUCAACAGCUACAUGCAGUCUCUGAAGAACAGCGUUCCAGAGAAGAAUCUUCAGGCAUUCUGGGACCUGCUCGUUGCAGAUUCUAUAACACUGAUCAGCAAGGAUGAAGUGGAUAGCAGCACAGUAUCCAAGCAAGAGGCAAACCAGUUUCUGGCAUUUGAAGAGAAAGAAGAAGUGGCAGCCGCUCCCUCCCACGAGGACGCAGGAGACGUGGAUGAUUUGCUGGACAUGAUGUGAACCUGGACUAUCCUUCAACCUUUCCUUCAUUACUAUUCUCUGGUGCUUCACUUGGUGCUGAGGUCACAGUCAUGUUUGCACGAUAUUUUUGUCUAAACAAAACAAUUAAAAGCUUUUUUUUUUUAAAAAAAGCUGUUCCACUUAAA